AUGGAAAAAUGUCACCAGCGGCCUUCGGGCCCACCCGAGAAGGCCGUGGACAUCCCCGCCCCUCGGGCCCCACGGCUGCUCAGGGAAUCGCUGCCUCCGGCCACCCCGCCACUCCACUCUUGGGCGGCCGCACUGACGUCACCGCCUCGCCGCCCCGCCUCGCGCCGCCGUUCCACCCCGCCCCUUUUCCCGGCGUGCGCCGCGGUGAGGCUCCUCGCCCUCGGCUUCUGCCUGUCGUCCCAAGAUGGCGGACACAAUGAGCCGGCGCCGCGCCGGUUGGCUCUGAGGCGACUGAAGCUGACCGACAGCGUGCUGCGGAGUUUCCGCGUCGCCAAGGUGUUCCGCGAGAACUCGGACAAGAUUAACUGCUUCGACUUCAGCCCCAACGGCGAGACGGUCAUCUCAAGCAGCGACGACGACUCCAUCGUGCUCUAUGACUGCCAGGAGGGCAAACCAAAGAGAACCCUGUACAGUAAGAAAUAUGGCGUGGACCUCAUCAGAUACACCCAUGCAGCAAACACAGUCGUGUACAGCUCUAACAAAAUAGACGAUACUAUUCGUUACCUGUCCUUGCAUGACAACAAAUACAUCAGAUACUUUCCUGGACAUAGCAAAAGGUAAGAACCAAGUGUUACAGAAGUAGAUAGUUCUUUUAUCCCUGAGUUGGCUCUGCCAGGAGGAACACUGAUGGGCCUUGGGCUGGGGCUACUGUCUUUAUCAUUUCAGGGGCCAUUUGCGACUUUUAAGAUGCAGUACGAUCGGACUUGUGAGUGGACAGGACUUAAGUUCAGCAAUGAUGGUAAACUCAUCCUCAUCUCCACCAAUGGCAGCUUCAUCCGUCUCAUCGAUGCAUUCAAGGGAGUGGUGAUGCACACCUUUGGGGGUUAUGCCAACAGCAAAGCUGUCACUCUGGAGGCCUCGUUUACUCCAGACUCCCAGUUUAUUAUGAUCGGUUCAGAGGAUGGCAAGAUCCAUGUCUGGAAUGGAGAGAGUGGUAUAAAAGUAGCUGUGUUGGAUGGCAAACACACAGGCCCCAUUACCUGUUUGCAGUUCAACCCCAAGUUCAUGACCUUUGCCAGUGCAUGUUCCAACAUGGCCUUCUGGUUGCCCACCAUUGAUGACUGACCCUGGUGCUGCUCGGCUGUUUGUGUACAGUGAGGGUGGCCAGCAGGAAAGAACUCAGAGGGGACUGAGAUAAUGGAUUGGAUCAUUUGGGCUGGAGAGCAUCCUUCCACAUGGCCUUCCCAUGGAUGUGCUGUACAUCUGCUCAAAAGAAAAAAAGUACUUUGCCGAGCUUCUUCAAAAAGACUCUUGGUGUGGCAGAUUCUAUCAGGACUUAGAUUUUACAGCUGUCACUGCACUGAGCUCCUCCAGAGGAGUGACCAGAUUCAUGAUUAGGGUAUACUGGGGUCCUCAAGACGCCUUCAAUUUUGAAUGUAUUUGCUGCUGAGGAGCCGGUGAAGUUGUUAAUUCUGCACAUCCCUUCUCCCACCCCCAUAAAUGCAUGGGAAGCCACAGUUCUGGUUUUGAGAUGCUAAGGGCAGCUCAGCACCCCUUGCCCUCACCCUGCAUGUCUUGUUACUGGGUCUCCCUCUGUCAUUGUGGCAUUAUUCCACAACCAUCAUGUUACUUAGGUGCCAAACAUUUACAGAAAAAAUUCUUCAUAUAUCUUGGGGUAAGAAAGGGAUAGAUACAGAAAGAAGGACCUUGCUUGCCAGGAAGCCUUGUGAGUUAGUCAUGUGAGGGUGGGUGAUCUGGGCAUGCCUCAGGGCUCUGAGUGUUGGGUGGGAAAUGGCCCAAGAGCCUGAAAGGGAGGAAGUAGGGGUUGCAGGUAGUUUCUAUGGCUGGGAGGUUUAGCAGUAGCCUAGUGUGAUCCCCCGUCAUCAAGACAAACCUGCGGUCUUUCUGGGUGCCUGCCAAGCUUGGUUUUGUACAAAAGCAAGGUGGGAGUCUAUUUUUGUACAUGAGUUACAUCACGCUUUCCUGUGGGCCAGUAUUGUGGAGUGAGUCUGAGUUGUUUACACUGAUGCCUUCCCUGCCCACCACAAAUUGUGUACAGAGUCUCCAGAUGAUAGCACCCCUUCCCAGCUCCCAAGCAAGAGCUGGCUCUAGGCCUGUGUUAUAUGUUCUAUUUAGCCUUUUUAUAUAUGACAUGGGGUUUUUGUUGUUUGUAUUUUAGCACAGUGUGUACACCUUCAUUUAAAUAUAUCCGUGUGUGCAUACAUACAUAUGUAUAUGUAUGUAUGCAUAUAUAUAUAUGUAUAUAGAAUAUGUCAUUUCUCACAGUUCAGCAGAAGGCGGUGGAGUCCGGCAGCCCAGGAGAAAGACUGAAUCCUUGCUAAUAGUGUUUGCCACAAGUGUUAGUGAGUCUUCUUUAUUACCCUUAUUUCUUUGGGAGACAGAACGAAGCAAAGCUUCAAGUGUUUGCUGUUUCCAUGGCAGCUAAACGAGGGUCUUGGGAUAACUUCCCUUGUGUUCCUCAAGCCGCACUUUGGGGCCCUUUCUGCAGUAUUAGCCCCUUUUUGCUCGGUGAUGCUCUGUCUGCGCCUGUACAUGUUGACAGUCACUCUUGCAUGCCUUUUGUGCCUGGCUUCUGGUGUCUGGGGACACGAUGCUGGAACCAGAGCAUUUUCAGUUUGUCUGAAGCUUCUUUUCCAAUUACAGGUCAUUCCUGUUUACCUGGUAUGUCUGCUGCUUUUCCUUGCCUUCUCUUGGAAGGGGGAGAGGUCUUGAUCAGGGUUGCGAUGAGCUAAGGCUGGCUCGUGGCCUUUCCUUCCCCUGCAUGGCCUUCUUAGAGCAGGACCAGUGGCAUAUUAUUUCACUAAGUUCCCAAACAUGUAAGCAGGUCACAUGUUCCCUGCAGAUACAGAAACAGGCUCAACGAGGUUAUGACUUGCCCAAGAGUACAUAGCUGCUAAGGGGAAGCAAGCCAUUAACUGCCUUCAUUCAGCAGCAGGAAUACGCUGUGAGUUGCUAGCAAUUACAGUUUUGUUUUGUUAGCAGUUACUUUUGACUUGUUCCUCAAACUUAAAGGGCAAGGGGCAUACAUCUUUCCAAAACGUAGACUGGAAUCUGCAGCUUUUCUCCAGUGCCACCCACUAUCUACAGCUCUGCCUUCUCAAGAGUGGAGGGAUUUUUAGAAACCAGGUGAUCUGAGCUAUUACUGCCCACUUCUGGCUCUCCAGGGUAGAGAAUUCAUGGUAGGAAUAACUGUUCAGAGUGCUUGAGACUGUGGGUUUACAAGAAGAGCUGCGUAAUGAACAUACCUGCAACCACAGCAGCCACUUGCCUGUCAGCAAGGAAGAUGAUUUCUAUUGAGUUACUGGUGUCCAAAGCUAAGGUACCAUGUCCUUUGAAAUAUGCACGGCACUGCCUGUCUUUCUAGGGACCCAUGGCUACAGAGCUGGCUCUCCUGAGUGUGCAAGGAGAGGAAAGGGCUGGAAGUGACUGGGGACGAUGUGUGGGAAUAAGGCAGAACAAAGGGAGCAGAGGGGCUGGGGCUGCAGGGAUGCUCUCCAUGGAGCCAGGGGUACCCUAGCUCUCGGGGUGGGAGGGGGCACAAACCAUGCUCUUGAGAGUCCAGGCCAAAGCCACCGAUUUGUAUGUGACACUGCACUGCUCAACCACCAGCCAGUGGGGUGUUGUUUUUUUUAUUUUUUAUUUUUUUUUUAAGAAAAAAAAAACUUCCUGUUGCAAUCAUAAUUAAUGCUUAUUGAGGAAAUUUGGGGAAUUUUAAAAUGAAUCAGUUUGCCACCCAAAUGCUACCACUGUUAAUCUUUUGGUGUUAAAUGUUCUAGAUAUUUCUGUGCAUAGGUUUUUGGUGUGUUUACAUAGUUGUUAUUCUACUGUAUAUACAAUUUUAUGUCCCUUUUGUACUUAACAUAUAAACAUUUUUUCCAUGUUAACAGUCUUAAAACAGAA